AUUUAUAACAUGACAAUAAUCGCAUUCAUUUCGCAAAAAGGAGGAGUAGGAAAAUCUACUCUUGCCCGUGCCGUAGCCGUAGAAGCCAGCAAACAAAAAUUAAACGUUCUAUUAGCUGAUUGCGACCCGCAACAGGCUACAAUAGAAGUAUUUCCCACAGUUCAACAGGGAUUAAGGGAAACCAAUAAGUAUGAUUUAACGAUUAUUGACGGACCAGCAAGAACUAGCCAUGCGACAUUAGAAAUAGCCCAAAAAGCCGAUUUAGUUAUUCAGCCGACAGGUGCUAGUCGAGACGAUUUAAUUCCCGCCGUAAAAGAAUUUAAUGCGUUAGUAAAAGCCGGAGUUAACAAAAAAAAGUUGAUAUUUGCUUUAACUCGCUUGUCUACUCCCAAGGAAGCCGAGGCCAUAAAAGAUUACUUAAAAGAUACUGGUUAUAAAUAUUCUGAAACUUACCUUUAUGAAAAAACUUCCUACAAACAAACCCAAAAUGAGGGAAGGAGCAUUACAGAAACUAAAUAUAAAAAGUUAGCCAAGCAGGCCAAAGACUUAAAAAAUAGACAUAUGCCAAAGGAAAUAUUAAGAUGCCGUUGUAGGCCUGGCUAUAAAUGUUCCGCUCCUUUACAUGGUAAAGUGCCGCAAGAAGUCAGUGAGAAUAUUCAAAAGCCUGAAUUUGCCUCCCGUGAUAAUCGUUUUACUGGUCGCACUAAACAAUUAGGGUUAAGAGUGAAACCAGAGUUUACCAAGAAGUUAAAAACUAUUGCGGUUGAGGAAGAUUGCUUAUUAAUUGAAGUCCUGGAAAAAGCCUUGGACUCCUUAAAAGAAAGCAACAACACUGUUUUAGAACCUUUUGCUGGUGCUAAUAAUUUAAUUAAAAUGCUCCAAGACGAGGGUUAUAAUUUCGACUUUGCGGCUUAUGAUAUAAAUCCUGGCUCUUCCGAA